AUGUCAUCAUCCUCAGCCCAGGUCCUGCCUCACCAGAAGUCCUACCUGGAUCUUCUCCUCGCAUCGAACAUCUUGGCGUUCAAGGGGCCCUACACGCUCAAAUCUGGCCGCAAGUCUCCCUACUUCUUCAAUGCGGGCCUCUUCAAUUCGGGAGCCAAGGUGGCAGAGCUCGCAAGAUGCUACGCCGAGGAGAUUGUCAGGAGUGGGCUGCUAGGCGAGACGAAGGAGGAGAGGGAGAAUACCGUCCUGUUUGGACCUGCAUACAAGGGCAUCCCACUCGCAACCGGCGUCUCCCUCUCCCUUUCUUUGCCACCACACAGCCUCGACCUCGGAUUCUGCUUCAACCGAAAGGAGAAGAAGGACCAUGGUGAGGGUGGUACGCUGGUAGGCGCACCCAUGAAGGGAAAGCGCGUCAUCAUCCUCGACGAUGUCAUUACGGCAGGAACGGCGAUCAACGAGGCAGUUGACAUCAUCAAGGCCGAGGGAGGUCAACUUGUCGGGAUCGUCAUUGCGCUGGAUAGGCAAGAGAAGGUCAAGGAAGGAGAUGAGACCUCCGCUGUGGGCGCCGUCCAGCAGAGGUUGGGAACCAAGGUUGUGAGCGUGGUGAACCUGAAUCAGGUCAUUGCAUUCUUGGAGGGUAAGGGUAUGAGCAACGAGGUCGAGGGCAUGAAGGAGUACCGCCAGAGGUAUGGCGUCGUGGAGCCCGCGAGUAAGUGA